GUAUGAAAAGAAAUACAUGGAAGAGGCCGAAAUAAAAUUUGUUGAAAAGGCACAAGUGGAGAAUGAAAAGGAGGUUUCAUCAGCUGGAACAACUUCUAAACCAGUGGUUGAGGCAACACCCCAGACAAAUAAAAAGGCAGCCUCAUCAACGUCAGACCAGGAUUUGGAUGUUUUUCUCCUUGGAGAAGACAGCGAUGAUGGGCCAGAUGAUGGGGAUGAUGCCUUCGAUGAUGAUUUUGACAAGAUAUAGAUUGGAAGCUCUCAACAUUGUAAUGUAAGUAAGCGCAUAGCACUGGCUGCCUGCUGUUCGGAAAGCUUCAGGAUGAAGUCCUUCUCGAUGAGGUAUUCGUAUGGGAUAGAAUGACAAAGCCAGCUACAAAAAUUAGUCAAUAUAUACUCACCAUAUUCCAUUUCCUCUAUCCUUCUAUGGUAGACUUUUUGGGUCUUAUUGUUUCCAUUUCCUCUAUUCUUCUAUGGUAGACUUUUUGGGUCUUAUUGUUCUUUACUUUAUGUUAUAUUCUUUGCUGGAGACAGAAGAAAAAGGAGGCGGGAAAUAGAGGUCAAAUAGUAUAUGAUGGUGUUUUGGAGCUGUAAAUUUGAAUUCAUUUUUAUUUCAUCUUUGUUAUGCUGUACUAGCAGCUAUUUAUUCAUUAUAUAUCAACUUCAAUAUAAUGAAACAACCGUAAAUACGAGCUGCUAUCUUUACUUUCGAAUGGUGGCUAUUUUCCUUA